AUGAUUUCUAUACUACUCACAUUCUUAUUUAUCAAUUUGGCUGUGGCUGCUCCGCUUCCAGCACUAAUCACAAGGUAUCACACCGCCGCAGCAGUCACUCAAGUGGUGACGCAAACAACCGGUACAACUACCGUCUGGUUGCCUCCCGUGGGAAUAUAUGUUCUCCCUGACGGCAGCUCGUCAACCAGUACCAUCAACAACGGGCAAUGGAACACUUUUCCAGUCACAUUCACUUCACAUUUGAAACAAGCUGCUCCUCCUUCUCCAGUUACUCAAGUUGUCACACAAACCACGGGCACCACCACCGUCUGGGUGCCUCCAGUGGGAAUCUACAUCAAACCUGAUGGAAGUUCAUUCACCAGCACAGUCUCGGAAGGUGAUUGGCACACUGCCCCAGUCACAUUCACUUCGCUGAUACCUGGUACACCAACCACUCAAGCUGCUGCACCCCAGCCUUCUACUCUCCAGACUUUGACUACCACCACCAGCAGCACUUUACUGACUCAAUCUACCUCACCACCACCACCACCACCCUCAUCUUCAUCUUCUUCUUCUCCCGGCUCAUCAUCAUUGACAAUUUCUUCGAUUUCAUCCACGACAACCACGCCUCCACAAUCAUCCUCCUCAUCCUCAUCCUCAUCAUCUCAAGGUCCAAGUUCUACCAUUCGUAGCACCAUCCCACCUCCUUCAGCAAUUGUAUAUUCUCCAUAUGCAGACAACGGUGGCUGCAAGUCGGCAAAUGCAAUCAAUCAAGACUUGGAGCUCAUCGCUAGUAAAGGUAUCAAGUCAAUCAGAUCCUACGGAACAGACUGUGGCUCCUUAACCACGGUUUUGCUGAAAUGUAGGCAAUUGGGCCUCACUGUUAACCAAGGGGCUUGGAUGCAAGACGGCGUCAAUUCAGUUGACGACCAGGUGCAACAGAUUAUCAGGUACGGGCAGCAAAAUGGCUGGGAUGUGUUUGACUUGAUCACAAUCGGUAAUGAGGCCAUCAACUCUGGGUUUGUUCAAGUGAAUGACUUAAUCAACAAACUCAACUCGGUCAAAUCCCAACUCCAGGCUGCUGGCUACCACGGCCACGUCACCACUGCUGAGCCACCCAUUUCCUUCAUCAACCAUCCUCAGCUUUGCACGCAGGCAAACAUCGACAUCGUGGGAGUCAACCCACACUCAUACUUCAACAGCGGUAUCUUUCCCUCGGGUGCCGGAGCAUACAUCAUGGCGCAAAAGGCGCAAGUAGAAGCCGUCUGUUCCAAAAAGGCCUCAAUCAUCGAGACCGGGUAUCCAUCACAAGGUGCAACGCUAGGUGUAAAUGUCCCCAGCGAUCAGAAUCAAUACGCGGCCAUCUCAUCCAUUAUAGAAGCCACGGGCGGCGACGUCACCAUCUUGACUACAUUCAACGAUUACUGGAAACAGCCUGGUCCCUACGGCAUUGAGCAAUACUUUGGUGCUAUCCACUUGUUCGAUUGA